AUGAUCAAACUAGCGCCUUUAUUUUUCCAAGUUUCUAAAACACUAUUCAAACGUAGGAUCCAUUUGAGCAAUCGAAUAUUAAACAAAAGCGAAGGGGAUGGAGAUGUACAGAUUGGUAAUCCAUUUUGUCUGAAACCAAUAGAGUAUGAAGCUCGUACAUUACGUAAGCACGACAAUGAUCGGCGACAAAGACUUUACGAAUUCGGCUUAUAUGUGGCUGCAUGUAUGCCCAAGUACGUGCAAAAAAUUCAAAUGCAGCAUACAGAUGAAUUAGAAAUACUUAUCGCUCCGGAAGGAUUUCACCCAGUACUUAGCUUCCUUAAACUUCACCAUAACGCUUGCUUCAGUACAGUAUCAGCUGCCACUGCUAUAGAUGUGCCUAGUAGAGAAUUUCGAUUUGAAGUAGCUUACACUCUCCGUAGUCUGAGAUUCGCAGAAAUUGUUAGAGUAAAGACGUACACAGAUGAGCUUACACCUCUAGAAUCUGCGUAUUCAUUGUGGCACGGUGUAAAUUGGUUUGAAAGAGAAAUAUUUGAUAUGUUUGGUAUAAUAUUCAUAAAUCAUCCGGAUCUUCGAAGAAUUUUGACCGAUUAUGGUUUUCAAGGGCAUCCUCUGAGGAAAGACUUUCCUUUAACUGGUUAUAUUGAGGUUCGCUAUGAUGAUGAACUUAAAAAGCUGGUCUAUGAACCAGUGGAGUUUGCGCAAGAGUUCCGAAGAUUUCAAUUACAAUCGCCUUGGAAUUACAUUAAAAACUUUCACGAGGGUUAUAACGAUCCAAAGCCUGCGCAACAACAAAAGAAUUGAUAAAUUUAAUAAUUUUGUUAAAUGGAUUAAAUAACCAUGA